AUGACUAAGAGGCCAUUUUCGGCCAAGGGGCAUAGAGCCAAAGAAUGUUUGGAGUUGGUACAUUCUGAUGUGUGUGGUCCAAUGACUAUCCAAGCGAGGGAAACAGCUGCCUACAUUCUGAACUUAGUUCCUUCUAAGUCAGUACCAACUACUCCUACUGAAUUAUGGACAGGGCGAAAGCCCAGCUUGGCCCAUAUACGGAUAUGGGGUAGUCAGGCCCAUGUGCUGGUAGGGAACAAUGGGAAGCUGGAGUCAAGAACAAAAGUAUGUUUUUUCUUUGACCCUUAAGGUACCAAAGGUGGUUUGUUUUAUAGUCCUAAGGAUCAGAAGGUCAUUGUCAGCACCAAUGCCCGAUUCUUAGAAGAAGACUAUAUGAUGAAUCACAAACACAAAAGUAAGAUUGUUCUUGAAGAAUUAAGAGCUCUAUUGGGUGAAGUGUAUGAAAUGAUCCCAACUGAACAAGAUACUGAUCCCAGUAACUACAAAGAAGCUCUCCAAGAUAAAGAUGCAAUAUCUUGGAAGGAAGCUAUGAAAUCUGAGAUGGAGUCCAUGUACUCAAAUCAAGUCUGGGAACUUGUAGAACCACCAAAUGGUGUAAGACCCAUUGGUUGCAAGUGGAUCUACAAGAGAAAGAAGGGGUUGGAUGGGAAGGUUGAAACCUUCAAAGCUAGGCUUGUUGCGAAAGGGUACACUCAGAAAGAAGGGAUCGAUUAUGAGGAAACCUUUUCGUCAGUAGCAAUGCUUAAAUCUAUCUGGAUACUUUUAUCCAUUGCACACAUACUCAAGUACCUAAGGAGAACGAGAGAUCAUGUGCUAGUUUACAAGUUUGAUGAGCUUAUACCCACUGGGUAUACAGAUUCAGAUUUUCAGUCAGACAAAGAUUCCAGGAAAUCAACUUCAAGAGUACGUGAUCCAACUUGUAGAACAUGGAACCAAACAGUUCGAUCUGUAGUCUGCACUAUAACAGUGGCUACAAGAGCACAAAUAAUACACUUAUUGGGAUAUAGAAAAAAUCCUAGUCACACCAUGCAUCUACACAUAUAUCAUAUGUAUACUUGGAUGAAAAAUUUGUGGAUUCGGGAUGUUCAUGACUUCUACAUCGAGCAACAAAUUCAGAUUGUUCUUGAUUCUCUACCGGAAGAGUGGAACAUGGUUCGAGACUCAUUGAAGCAAAGGUUGAGCGCGUUGAGUUUCGAAACUCUCGCAGAUGAUCUACUGCUAGAGGGGGGACGUCAAUAUGCCAAUAUGGGUAUACGACUCAUUGGUCGUAGCGUAAAUCAUUUGGAUUCUGCUGCACGAUUAGUUCCAUGGUAUGAGGUGUACGAACUUGGUGAACAUAACGAAGAAGAUGAAGAUGACAUGAAAAAGGAUCCUGAUUAUGUUCCUAGCAUGUGA